CGAGUCUGAUGAUAGAUCGAUCUCUAUGGAGUCCCCCUCACGCUGCCCCACCUCGAGCAGCAGAUGCCACUCCAGUCCAGUGGAUCCCUUGUUCCUCUAUUCCCCGUCUUUGGCUCCUCAUGGUGGCAUUCCUAGUGUGUACUUUAACGGCCUCCCUUCGCUACGAUAUUUUCUGAUUUCCCUGAUUUCGAUAGUUAGUCCAUUGAACUUCCAGAAGUCAGCUGCCGAGAUCCAGUGCCAACAUGGGAGGUACUUCCGGUGAUGGGUGCUCGGUCUAGCGCGUGGGCUGUCCGACAACCGCCAAUUUAUCAGUGAUAUGCUCGUGGCGAGUUUGACUCUCCACAGUCCAAACUGCUGCGUCCUGAAUCUCACAGAUUCAACCGAUUCUGAUUUCGAAACGACAGUUAACAUUGCGAUCCUGCUGAUGGAUGGAGCCUCUGAGAUGGUAGAAGGAGAUAUGAUGAAGAUUCUUACUUCCAAAAAUGUACACCAAGUCUGGACUCUGGAUUGGUCUGCUUUGUGAGAAGUGUUUGCAGCAGCCUUCUUUUUGUUUGUUGUAGCGAUUCUGAUUCCGAAACUGAAUCCUGAAUAGCAGGAAGACACUGUCAAAUAUGCGAUCCAUCUAGUCAGCGUCCUGGAAGAAUAUAUCAAUGCCACUUUCGGUAUCUUGACGGGGAAAUCGAGCAUACAAAAGUGCAUAGAAUGAUCCUUUCACUUUGAGCUAGCUGUAACUUCCUGGGAAAGGACCUCGCAUCUGCAUGCAAUUCCGGCUGGACCAUCCCCGCAGCACGCUUCUCAUGACUAGUGGCCGGCAUGUGACUACGACAUUGGAUGGAUGCUCGACACCUCUUUCAGCUUCACAGUGGGACCUCACCGGUGGCAGCCUACAGAUGAUCAUUCAACUACGGGUAGAUAUAUUCUUCUCUUGACCGGUUCUCGAUCAAUCUCGCAGCCCUUUCACAAUUCAUCAGCAGAUCAUGGCGGAGUAUGUCCGUGAGAGUGGGUAACAACGGCGGUAUCUAGCAGGCUGGAGAAUGAUAUCUCCGAGCGUUAUCGUCUUCGAAGUAUAAACAGAAGGAAAACGAAUUCACGACCUUGUUUCGAACCAUCUGAGGGCGGGAAUCGACCGUAAUAGUUGCAGAGUCAGCCAACACUUUGAAGUCAUCCUAUCAUGUGCAGCAUAUUUUACACGGAUCCACGUACAUUUAGAAAAACAUAAAUACAUGUACAUUCCAUACGCACAGUGUCCCACUGAAAAGCAGCAACUGUUGAAGACUCUGUUCAUAUACUCAGGAAGAAUUCCACUGAAACUCGGAUUUUAGUGCUGAGAAAAAAGCUGCUGUUGAAGAUUGUGAGACACGGAAAAUCAUUUUUGGGAUUCUUAUAGGGUCUGUUUGUACAGUCUGUUAGAGCGAAGGGGAUCUGGAGUCAUUAGAAUCUAAUAAGAAUGUCCAGGUGUUCUCGAUCGUGUACUAGUGAGCAAUGAUCUACGAUAUUCGAUUAAUAGCAACUAUAAUACUUUGCUGUUGCGGCUGCUCGCCAUAUACAGCACAAGAAUUGUUCUCGGUCGGCUCCAAGCAUCAAUCCAGUUCUGUGUACAGUACAUUGAUCCUAUGCAGCAGUAUUCAUGUCCGACUCGGCAAGUGCAGCUCGCAGAUGA